AUGCUUUCACAGACAUUCAAAGCCAAUGGAGAAAAAAUCGUGCAUUUAAAUCCUACCCCUGGAUCAAAACAUAGCACACCAUUGAAAUCAAAGAGUACUACUGCUACUGGUGCAUCCUGUGAAGGUUGUGGGAGGAAUAUCCAAGCCUUGCCUAACUGCUUUUGCUCUGUUGCUUGCAAGGUAUUGAUAGAUUCUUCACAGAUCUUGUGUAAAGACCAGAGCCAAGAGAUGAUUGCAAUCCCGGUUCUUGAAUUUGAUUGCCUGUCUGAGAAGCAAGGCCCUGACUCGGAAAGGGAUAAAAAUAAACAUGAAGUAAAUCAAGCCAUUGUGAGUUCAGCACAGUAA